GUCUAGUUACAGGACUGGUGUCUCAACAGCCAGCAGAGAAAUAAACCAUUUGAUAACUGUGGAAUUGGACCCUCCCCACUUGGAUAACACUUUCCUCGAAGAUCAAACAAACGACGCGCAAUAUGGCUCGGAAAUCCGCCAACACCAUUGAGAGCGAUGAAGCGAAAGACCCAAGCAUUGGGGACCGUAAACGAAAGCAGCCAUCUACUAGGGCAUCUCAAAGAGCUGCAACCAAAAGCCGAUACUUUGAACACAACACAGAUGAAUCUGGAGAAGAAGCUCCAGAAGACAGUUCAUCCAGUGUCGAUGUGGAAUCUGAAGACGACUCUGAUGAUGAACCUGAAGAGCACUCAUCCGAGGAAGAACAGCGUCCCCGAAAGCGCAGAACCCCUGCAUCAACAAAGACGUCCCAGACUGCCCCAGCCGCAGGCACCAAAGGCAAGGAACUUUGGCGUCAAGGUGUUAGUACUGGACUCGCCCCAGGAACUCAGGUCAUCAUCAAGAAGCCGAAGCCUAGAGCUGCGGGAAGCACUCCAUACUCCGAUGACACGAUCCAUCCAAACACCAUGCUAUUUCUCAAGGAUCUCAAGGCGAACAAUGACCGAGAAUGGCUCAAGAUGUACGAUGCCGACUAUCGUUCUAGUUUGAAAGACUGGAACUCUUUUGUGGAGGCCUUGACCGAAAAGCUCACCGAAAUUGACGACACCAUUCCAGAACUGCCACUCAAGGAUGUGGUAUUUCGCAUUUACAGAGAUAUCCGGUUCAGCAAGGAUCCUACGCCUUACAAGCCAUAUUUUUCCGCAGCUUGGUCUAGGACCGGACGUAAAGGCCCGUACGCCGCCUACUAUGUUCAAAUUAGCCCGAACGACAGUUUUGUUGGUGGAGGCUACUGGUCUCCGGACGCAAGAGCUCUGGCAGCUUUGCGCAACACAAUCGACAAGAAUCCGCAGCGUCUCAAGGACGUGCUGAUGAACGAUCAGAUGCGAGCUGAAUUUCUCUCUGGCAGCUCGGCCAAGGGAGCUGUGAAAGCUUUCAUAAAGACAAACGCGGAGACCGCAUUGAAGACCAAGCCAAAGGGAUACGAUGCUGGUCAUCCGGACAUCGACCUUCUCCGCCUCAGACGCUUUACAGUCGGCACCAAGUUGACUGAUGCUGAAGUCCUCGACGCGCAAGUUCUGCGCCGAAUUGCGGAUCUGUUCUCGGCGCUGCACCCGUUUAUCGCUUGCUUGAAUCGAAUUUCCCUUCCAGACCCUGGCGAAGAAGAAACAGAUGCUGAUGACGAUGAUGAGGAUGGAGAUGAGGAACAAGAAGCCGAGGACGAACAGAAUGAAGAAUCCGAGACAGAAGCCUCUGAUGCCUAGCUAGCAGAAUGCAACACAGAAUCCAGAGGUGUGCCGUUGAAUUACGGGUAAAAGGUUCCAACAGACAUGUUGGUCCUCUAGUUAGCAAAGUUGAUCAACAAAUCCUCGACUGCCACGAAUGUAUCGUUUUCUCAUGCCCU